UCCAUUUUCGUUUUCCCAAAACGUGAGAAAGCGACUUGUGUUUCAUUGCGUUGUUUCUGCAGUUUCCUCGGCAUUAGAGUUCUGUCCGAAAACGAUGACUUUCCUCUGUUGCUUCCUUCCCUUUUUCUCAACUGUACCCUCUGUCUUUUCGUCUCAACUCUCCAUCUUCCUUUACACACCUCCACUUCCCCGAGAAUUUCUUCUCCAUUCUCGAGAAAACCCAUUAAAUCCUCUCCCCUCUGUUAAUCACGUGGGUUCCUGUUUUCUGGAUUCUGAUCAUUAAAGCCUUUCGAUUCGUGGUUUGCUCUGUUUCUUUUCUGCGUCAUCGAUUUAGUUGCCGAAGUUGACCCGACCCUCGUUGUCGGAUCCUGAUUCUGUUUGUCUUCUGCAGGAUAAUCUCUUUAUGGUUCAGAUCGAAAAUUCCAUCCUCAUUCUUUGAGAAUCUCUUUUUUCCCUCGGCGAUCCCGUGGACAGAGAAUGCCAAGCUUAAUGCAUCUCUUCGAUUUUCAUGGCAACAAUUCUGCGAGGAAAGUUUUCUGGCAGAAGAAUCGCGAUGGAGGCCAUGAUGCUCCAAGAAAUAGCUUUGAGCUGCAAGUGCAGAACUUUCAGAAAUGCCGUGAGAUGAAAGAUACUCAGCUGAGUUAUGGGUUUGAACAAGAAUGGUGCGAGAGGAGGAUGGAACUCUUUAAAAGGUCAAACCAGAAGCAGAAUGCACCAAGCAUAGUGGCGAAGCUUAUGGGAUUUGAUGCCCCGCCAUUGGAGCUUAAGUUAGCCGCCAUGAUGAACCUUUCUGUGGAGGAUGAGAAAGGAAGAAGAAGCAGAAAAGGGAAGAGAACGGUUGCUAUCUCGGAAGAAAUGGAAACUGAAUCCUUGUACUGUGACAGAUUCGAUAAGCCAAACCCUAGGGAGCAUCCUCAAGAAGAGGAGCUGCAGAGGUUCAAGAAAGAGUUUCUGGUUUGGCAGGCUGCAAGAUUCGAAGAAUGUUCUCGUGUAGUAGAUUCCGAUCAUACAUAUGGAAACUGCAAGAAACAGAGAGAAUAUGGCUUGAUGGAUGAUCUUAGAUGCGAUUCUGACCAGAAAGACAGACUUUUCAGAAGAACCAGAAGCUUUGGCCGUGAGUUUAACCUGAAGUCUGACUGGUCCCCGACAAAGAUAGUGGUGUUGAAGCCCGGUCCUUAUAGGUUUAAUGACUGUGAAGGUUGGUCGAUAACGUCACCAAGUACGACGGGAGGGAGCAGAGGAAGGAUAGAAGAGUUUCUCGAGGAAGUCAAGGACCGUCUCGGGAGUGAAAUCCAAGGAAGACCUCUUGAAAGAAACAUGAAGAAGAGGGUUUGUGUCGGAAGAAGGUUGAAAGAAACUCGGGAAAUCUUGAAAGCAGGUGGCCGAGAAGACAUGAAAAGGCGGGUCAUUGGUGUUGAAGAUCGAGUUUCUGGUGAGAAAGAUUCAUCACCCAGGAAUCUCAUCAGGUCAUUAUCAGCUCCAGUUUCAGGGAAAUCAUUUGGCAAGCUUCUGUUAGAAGACGGACAUGUUCUAACAGGCGCACAGAUCAGGAGAAAGCAUGAAGCGGCAGAACAAGAAUCAGCCAAUGGACUCAUCCGGAGGAAAACGAGAUUCAAUUUCAGACAGAAAGUCUCCAACUUCAGAUCAUCUCUUGGAGGCAGAAGGAUCUUCGGUAAGAAGAUACGUUCAAAGAUGGAAUCAAACAGCUUUGAGGACGAAUACAUCAAAGAUCUCCUCACCGGCUCGAGAUUUACAAGCUUUCACAACAGAAAUGAAAAUUCGACAGAAGUGCCUCCAAGCCCAGCAUCAGUCUUCAGCAGCAAUCCAGAAGAGUUCUGGAGGAACAUCGAUGAUCUCAGCCCGGCUUCCACACCGGAUAUCUUCAGAGAUAUCGGUUCCAAUCUAAAUGAGGAAAAUAGGCAGAUAAAAGAGCUGGAAUAUACACCAGUCGAACGAGAAGCUAAUCACGAGCCUGAAUUCGUCGAAUUUACGAAUAUGGACAAAGCAUUUGUUAGAGAUCUACUUGUAGCUUCUGGUCUGUACCAUGGGACAUCAGACAAAGAACCCAUGAACAAGUCUGUUUUCCAAGAAACAGAAGAGAAUCACAGAGAAAGAAGAACCAAACAGAACUCAGAGGACAGAGCUAUGGAAGCUGAAGCAGAAACAGAUCAUUACAUACUGUUCGAUCUGCUAAACGAAGCGCUCGCAGUUGUGCUUGGGAGUCAGGAGACAAAGCCCUGUUUGAGGAGAAGAGACAUGAAUUCAUCUGGGUUGAUACCUCUACGUGGCAAACACCUAUUGGAGGAAACGUGGCAGAUCAUGUCGGAGUGCUUGUAUGUUCAGACAGAUAAGCCCUUCUUCUGUUCAUUGGAUGGAAUCAUGGCCUGGGACUUGGGAAGCAGUUCGUGGAAUGGUUUGAUUGAUGAUGAAGUCAAAGUGUUGGGAAGAGAGGUUGAAGAUCUGAUAAUGGCGGAUCUUGUUGAGGAUCUCCUAUAGGAUCUGCAAUAUAUAUGCUUAUAUAUAUAUAUAUUGCUUGCAAUACAAGAAAUCACAAUCAACAACAGGUUUCUUGAGCCAGUAAAUUUA